AUGUUGCCUCCGGUACCUUCACCGCUGGACUACGGCAUCUCGCCUGAAAACGGCUUUCUGUCACCAGAGCUCCCGUUGGAAGUUCUGCCAGAUCCAUAUUACGCCAAGUGGGAGGCGAUUGCUGCCAACUUGCAACCCUUACUUCUCAGUAAACGAGUCCGGGGUCUUGUGGAUCGGUUACCCGUGCUUUCAACCGAGUACCUGCGCACAGAUGCCGAGUGGCGUCGGGCAUAUGUUGUCCUGGUAUUCAUGUUGCACGGCUAUGUAUGGGGUGGUGACCGUCCUGCCGAGAAAAUCCCUCCUCAGUUAACGGUACCCCUGUUCUCAGUCUGUGACCGACUUGAAGUUCCCCCAGUAGCGACAUACGCCGGCGUAUGUCUCUGGAACUACAAGCCCAUCUUCCCGGACGAGCCUACCGACGACCUGGACAACCUCGCCUGUCUCCAAACCUUCACCGGAUCACUAGAUGAACAAUGGUUCUACCUCAUCUCGGUAGCCAUCGAGGCCCGCGGUGCUCCUUCAAUCCCUCUCAUGCUGCAAGCCAUCGCCGCAGCCCGACUCGGCAAAGCCCGCGUAGUAACUGAGUGCCUACAACGGCUUGCCGAAAUGAUAGACGAGAUCAACUCUCUCCUCCAACGCAUGUACGACAACUGCGACCCGUACAUCUUCUACAACCGUAUCCGCCCCUACCUCGCCGGCAGCAAGAACAUGACCGACGCAGGCCUACCAAAUGGGCUCCUGUACGACGACGGCCAAAACGAACCUCGGUACCGACAAUAUGGCGGGGGCAGCAACGCCCAAAGCUCCCUGAUCCAGUUCUUCGAUAUCGUGCUGGGUGUCGAGCACCGGCCGACAGGCGUAUCUCGCCCAGAACAAACCGAGAACAGCACAGAAGAAGGUCCCAAGUCUCGGAACGGUUUUAUUCAUGAGAUGCGCGCGUAUAUGCCCGGCCCGCACAGACGGUUCUUGGAACACGUCGACACCAUCGCCAAUAUCCGGUCCUUCGUUGAGGCUCGUCGUACAGACCCUGCUCUCAGAUUGGCAUACGAUGCCUGCCUAGGUAUGCUGCGUGCAAUGCGCGACAAGCACAUUCAGAUCGUGUCCCGCUACGUCAUUCUGCAGGCGCGCGGGGCUCGUCGCGAGUCACAGGCUAAGCCCAGCCAGCCUGCGCCGCAGAAUCUGGCUACCGCCGCCCCGGCCGAUAGCAAGAAGCUAAGAGGAACCGGUGGUACUGCGCUCAUUCCGUUCCUUAAGCAGGCGCGCGAUGAGACUGGGGAACCGGCCAUCGAUGCGUGGGCACGACGACUUCUCAGCAAUGGACCCGCGGUUGUGGGCUCGGCUGCGCUGAGUAAAGUCGGUGAGCAUCCCGAUGGGCACCUGGAGGUCGUUGGCCUAUGCGGGUCAUGGACAGCGGACGACAGCGAAGGUGGAAUUUGCCACUGGUGA